UUUUCUUCGUUUCUCUUCCAGGAGCCGCACGAAAGAAGGGUUUUCGACGAAAUUUAUACCAAUGGAAGGAAAAAAACCGAAACAACUAGCCUGCCAUUUCGCAGGUUCGUUCAGCUGUAUUCAAGAAAUAGCGGCCGCCACGUUAGAAUCAAUGCUGACAGAAGUGUCGACGCUAAAGGAGAAAACAUGGAUAAAUUCGGUAAAACUGAUGGCUUUUAAAUUUAUAUCGUCAACUGCUGUUUACUUUGCUGUUGUAUAAACUUUUCUUUUUGUUUUAAUUUUUUGGUUCCUUUAAAAGUGUAAUAACCUGAAAUACUGUUUGACAAAGCUGCCAGUUUUGUGGGGCUGCAAUUUGCGCGUUUUUCAACCUAAUGAACAGUAGCCACGCGGUGCCGAAAAAUAUCAUGGAUACUCGGCAGAGAUUUAUUCGAUUGUUUUAUUUCAUGAGGAAAAUUUGAUAUGACCUUUCCUAUAACAAUUUUCUCCAGAAUUUCGCUUUUCGCCUUAUUUCUGAUCUUCAACUGAACUUAAUAGGUCAUUUCAAUUUUUUGCCGUCUUCAUGAACGCAUCACGUAGGUAUUUAAAUGGUUUACGUUUUGUUCUCUUUAACCACAGGAAAUUAUUUAUUCUUGUCAUUCUUGUUUUGAGGAUUCCUUUGCGUGAGUAACUCUUCCAAAGUUUGAAACUCAUGAGUCAAACGUUGGUCAAUGGUUUCGGAAAACGACGAAAUUUUUGACAUUUCUUUUUUCAAGAAACUCAUUUAGGUCGUUGUUUCUAUUUAUAGUAAAAAACACGAAUCAGCUGGAAUUGACUAUUUUAAACCUUUUUGAACAAAUUGUGUCAGUAAUCUAACCUGUGCAGGAUAAAUGUGUAUGUGUUGUCGGUUUCAUCGAUGAGUUGCGGUAUUAAUUAUCACUUUUUUACAGUCGAGGAUUUAUAAACCGUUGUUUGACCAGAAAUUAUAUGAUUGUCAAACGCGAUCAGUGUUCUGUUUACACAGUUGUGAAAGAAGCGAAAUUCCUGACAAUUUUUCAAUGACCACGCCAAAUGGCACAAGAAUGACUUCUCGUGACUAAAAGAAGUUGUACACUGUCUCCGUAAAACGCAAUUAAGCACUGGCUGGGGGAAUUGUAGUGGGUAUUGAGCAGACUUAUGCCUCACCGUGGUGGAGCUAUUGUCACUUUCUAAAACCUUUACAGAGUUUACUAAUCCUCUUUGCGCUAAUUGAAAGAAUGAAAGAGAUUUUGCCCGGCACGAACGCUUGUGAUUUCCCCCCGUACGAUGAAGUAUAAUUAGUCUUGUCAUGCUGGCGAAAACAGCUCGCGGGGAAGAGAUUAUAGUGAAAUGCAAAAGUGAACUCCACGCUUUGUACUGUACUUCUAAAGAUUUUACACCGGCAACAUUUUAUAUAAAUUAACUGUAACAUUCUAUUUCGAGCUUUUCAUUUACAAAGUAAACAUCAAAUGGGAGUAAAUGGAACGCGCAUAUACGUAACUCCGACAUUUUUCAUUAACAUUAUGGUACGUGGGGGCAACCUAAACCGCAGUUUGUCGCAGAAACGCCUUGCUUGAGUCAAUUUGGUGUUCAUCUUUUGAGAAGAUAGACAUCUGACAUUUUAAACCUUAAACCUUAACAAGCUCAUUUGCACGCUCUUUUUCUCGGCGGUGGUGCAUAUGUGAAUAAGCUUGAACCUUAGAAUACUUCAUUUGUUAUUUUCAGCCAAGCUUGUUGUUGAAUCUAUAAGUUUUGGACGCGUUCGAAUACGCGGAACAGCGACUGAUUAUUUUCUCUGUGUGGAUAAGAAAGGACGUCUUCGAGCAAGGGUAAGUCACUUAUUCCCAUUUUUUUUUCGUCUCAUUUACUGUCUGGGAUUGACAUAGCUACUAGAUGUGUAUAGGCGCUGACACAUUGGAGGCGAUAGGGAAUUCUUAACAGACUAAGCUCCUACUUUUAAGAAUUCGGGUACAUUUAUUCGCGAGUGAUAAGCCGUUUAAACUUAAGGCUAUUAAAAAGCGGCUUUCCCUUCAAAAAUCACGAAGAUCAUACUCAAACUUGCAUUGGCGAGCGUAUAUUUUUUAACAAUUACUAAAAGAAAUCAAGGAUUGAAAAACGUCGAUAAACAAAAGUAUGAAUUUUGUUUAGUGAAAUUUAGACUGAGUCCAACCUGCAUGCUUGUUCGAAUUUGCCGUGAAUUUUGAGAAUGACCUCCUUAAAAAACGCUUGGUGAGAAUGGAUGUGCGAGGCGAAAUACAACCGUUUAGUGACAUUAACGCUUUACAAAUAUUUCCGUACCCACGAUAUGCCUGUUCGAAUUUGCCCGCCGUAAAUUUUGAGAGCGACCUGUUUACUGGGAAGUACCGGCUUCGCGAGAAGGGAUGUGCGAUGCGAAAUACACUGAAUCGUUUAGUGACAUUAACACUUUAAAUGUUUCAGUUCUACUGAUUUUAACAUGUUCGAAUUUGCCACAAACUUUGAGAAUGUUUUCAUUACAAACUCUUGAGAAGGAAUAUGCGCUGCGUACACAUGUAUAUGGCCGUUUAGUUAUCGAACUGAUUUGCAUUAAUUACUUCCUCUUAAUCAUUCAAGGUUUUUGAAAGAAUAUUUACAUUAUAAAAAAUCAGACUUAAAAAAUAAAAAAUGAAAAUAAAAACAAACAAUUGUAGAGCUCCGGGCUAUUUUCCCCAUUACUCUUCGUUUUGACAUUGCGUUGGAGUAUAGUGAUAGGACUUUGAAACACUUAGUCACCACCAAUCAACUGUGUUAAGUGACUUCUGUCAGUAAAUCGAUUUUAUAAUGAAGUUAAAAUUAUCAGCUUCUCUCAAUCUACCGCAGAAUGAAUGACAGUAUCAUGAGCAUCAGACGAGAAUUCAAAUUCGACUAACAGUCGAGACCCUUUAAGAAAACAAAACGUGAAGAUGCCAACAUGCUCUGAAACACUAACCAAAAUGACAGGUUACAAUAACACAUACCCUCGAUUCGGAGUAUUGAGGCUAAGGACUCGAAACAAAUAAAACAAGAAAAGGAAGUUAUUUGUUUGAUGCUGUAAGCACCUUUUCUUUUAAGCCUUUAGUCAACUCCAUUUUAACGCCUGUAUAAGCACAAACAUGCAGUCUAAAUAGAAGCAAAAUGGUUUCAGGGUUAAGCAGAUUUAGUCGACCGUAACAUCAACGCUCUAACUUUUAGACACAAUUUUUUAAUGGAAGUUGGCUCUCGUGCUACAAGAUGGGUGAGACAAUUUUGAAUUUGCUAUACAUUGAUAUUCCUGAUAACAAGACUUCUAGAACGUCUAAAUCCCAUCUGAUCCCAGCUGCGAACGUUUGAUUUAACGCAAGACGUGUUUGUCCUGCUCGGAAAAAACCCACACGUAUCGAAAUAAGGAAACACAACACGACGCAGCAGAAAUCAGCUUGAAAAGUUUCUCAUUUGCCAACUGCGAAACAACAUGAGGUUAUGAAACCGCAACAAAAAAGAAAAGAACUUCAUUGAAAAGACCCUUAAGUUCUAACACAAUGGACUAAAGUUACCGCCCGGAAAGUUCAAAACAAAACCGAUGCACCGCGAAGACUGUAGAUGUACAAGUUAAUCUUUGUGUUGUUUCUCGCAGUGGCGGUUUUUUUUAGUCUUUUUCUUUUUAUUUAUGAGCGUGGGAGUCUAUUUGAUUGGUGUUUUGGUUACCCGAGGAAAUAACACAAUUUAGAAAUCAUCUGUCACCUUCAACGGGCAACUUUUGAACGUUCUGGCAGCUGAGGAAUUUUGGGUGUUUCCAGUUACAAAGGAAGCUAACCUGUCAUGCGGAGGCGAAGCAUUAAUAUAUUUGGUUAACUGAAGAAAGAAAAUAACGGCACAUUUCGAGUUGGGCACCUGCAAGUAGACGUAUGUGCCGCAAUUUUACGUCUUCAGUGAUUAAUUAAAAUGGUACUACAGUCGACUCCCGAUAACUCGAAUCCUUGCUAACUCGAACCAAAAUCGACUUCUCCUCAAUAACUCGAACCUCCCGCUAACUCGAAGUAGUUUUUGUUUCCCCUCAGAUCACUUUUAUAUAAAUUUACCCUUGAUAAUUCGAACCAUGUUUUGAGCGCUUUUAAAGUCGGCAACAAAAAAAAAAAACAGUGUACCAGCGUCCGAAACACUGAUUGAAUUUUGAAUUUUCCAUUGACGUGUCCGUGUUGUAAGCAUGUAGCUUACUAGUGGAGGUUAAUGUUGUUUGUCACAAAUGAUCUAACGUGAGACAGCUUUGCUUCUCAAAACAGUUAAAUUCAUCUAGGCUGUUUUGUUACGUUACGUUCUAAUUUAUAGUCUAGAAGCAUCGUUCCAUUUUUACUUGAUAUUUCUACAGUGAAAUGUGAUUAAAAUGUUCACUGUACAGUAAAAACUGGUUUUUCCCUUACUUCCGGCUAUUUGCUUCGAGCUCCCGAUAACUCGAACUUUUUUCAAUUUCCUUUGAAGGUUCGAGUUAUAGGGAGUCGACUGUACUACCAAGCAAUACUCUCUCGCUCUCUCUCUCUUUCUCUAUAAAAAUUGACAAUUCAAGCCACUAUAUCAGUGAUGAACGCGCUGCUACAUAUUAUACAUAAGGAAUCUUGACUUCUUGCCCGUAAUAGCUAAGGGAGAUUUCUCGAUGAUGGUACACGAUACGAUACAUUAUAGGCACAGCUAAGCACGAGACUGUAAAGCUCUCCAAUCCUGAAUGAGAUGAGAAGCACCCUAACCAGGGAUUGUUUUCACUUGUUUCAAGUCGCCUUUAAAGGAGUUAAAUGCAGAGCGUCGAUUAAAAAAAUAAUAAUAAAGACAGUGAUUUCACAAACUCGGUAGUCGAUGAAGCAUAUUUUAUUGUAUCGUAGUAUCGCGAUUAUCUUAUUAAAAUAUCGAUAUUCCUAUAGUGAGAAGAAAUAUCACAGUUCACCCGUGGUCAUGUAUCGGUGUAUCGUUGCAGCCAACAUUUGCAUAUUGCGCUUGAAACAACCAGAGAUUGAGUUAAGCCAAAGAAAAAUAGUGUGCAAUUCGACACAACUGACUGAUCAAUUCUCCCUUUCAAGUACAAGUGGUGUGGAGAAUGUCGAAUAAAAGGGCGCGUCUAAGGAAGUUUUAACCGCGUUUGGAGUUCUUUUUAGAGUACAGUAUCAGAAUCUUGGCCUCGCUAAGAGUUAGAUCUUCUCGAAGGCUCUGUCAGCAGCGACUUAUGUCAGUAACUCAGUGCAAACCACAUCCGUCGAAUUUAUAUCUCUGCUAAUCCAGGCGAGCACGUUUUUCAAAAAAUGCGGUUAAAUUUAAAAGUAAUUUAAAAAAAGUAAGAACGUGCUUGUAGUCGAGUCCUUUCAAUCCUUCUGUAGGAAUUAUCGGUUUCGAAACUUAGAGUUUCACUUACCCCUCGGGCUCGAAUUUUCUCAUUAAACCAGUCACGUGAAGUCUUUGUCUCGGUUUUGAUUAAAGAGAGCAGUCUCGGAUUUACGUUCUAUAUCCUUAAUACCCGGUGUUCAGUUGUACUGUCGAUGAUACUUACACUUUGAAGAUCUUGGUAGUACGCGGUUGAGUUUUACGGAAAACUGGCGAAUAAGCCCCUUUUUGGGUUCUGCUCAACUUCAGUGUAAAGAUAUGACUAUGGGUCUUAGCUUUGUAGAUGACGGUUUUUGGAUCAUUAAACGUUUCUGGGAAACUGCCCACCUACCCCUCUCCUUAGCCAACAUUAACACUUACCUCUCACUUAGGGAAAAAUGUUGGUCGGGGGGGGGGGGGUUGGUGUAGGGGGUAGGUGGGCAGUUUCCCAGAAACGUAUCAUGAUUGAUAGAGAAGGAGGUGCGGCUAACUUUUUUCCCAAAACAGUCGUCCCAUGGUACUGUUCGGCAGAAAACCGACCUAGUCUCCGAAGCGCAACGUCAGAAUGGCCAAUGAUUGGGCCAUUUUCUAGACUACAAGUAGUCCCUCAUUUUUUUCUCAGGGAUAGUAGAGCGAGCGAAAGGCGAGCGAGCGUGAAAAUCACCCCACGCGAGAAAAGGCGACCCAGCUGUUACUGUCGGGAUUAUUUUACAAACAAGAGGCCUUUGAUAGGGCUGCAGUGGUAUAAUAUUUUAGUAGCUAGUCCUUACUAAUCCUGUCUCUAGAAAUAGAAACAGCGAGAUACAAGCUAAGUGCAUUAGUAGAUCCGGUUAGAUAUACCAAGUGGGAGGGGAAGGGGGCAGGGGUUAUUCCGGAGUUAAAGCGACGGAGAUGAUAGAAAGGAGACUAACCCCAAAACCCAGAAAUUUGCCUUGGGGUUUGGCGAAGUUUUUUUCAGAUUUUUUUCCCUCUGGGAAUGACUCAUCACCUCCCGAGAAAAGUCAAAUGAGCGAGCCUAUUGCAUGCAGUGGGUAGGACACGCAAUGCCUUCUGGGUGGUUCAUCCGGCAUGUUGUCUCUUUUUCGACGGAGAAAGCUUGUUUUAUAAUUGUGCUGUGCCAUAGGCAGCCCAAUAAUAAUAUUUUUCUUCUAACGGUGUCAAAACGUUUUUCUAACAGGCGCGAAGUAAGGACAACUGCGUGUACACAGAACACUUGGCCAACAACGCUUAUACGGAAUUUAGUUCUGUCAAAUACAACAGCAGUCUCGUCGCUUUCAACAGAAGGGGAAAACCUAGAAGAGCAGAUAGGCAGGGAAUAAAAGCAGUACAGUUUAUAGAGCGGGCAACAAACAUAAGGCUUUACAGAGGACGAAAGUACAAGAACAACCGUAAGACAAUAGAGUUAUACCGCAGGAAACAACCUUAUGAGAAGAUUUCCGUUUCGAUGAGGAGAUGGAAAGAGUUCAAACGGUGGCGUAAAUUGAGUAAGAGGACAGAAAAAAUGGAAGAAAAUUCUUUGACUACUACAACUCUACCCAGGAUUACAACCACGCUGCAGAUACACAGAAACACAACAGCGGCAUCUGUUAAAGUUUUAUAA